AUGUAUGGGAGGGGCUCUCCGCAAGAGAUUGGUGUUGGCCUUGUUGGUAAAAUUCUUUUCAUCACGGCCAUUGUCGUGGUCGUGUGUGUAUCUCUUACCCAACCUUGGUCGAAAAUGAGUGCAUCUGCUGCAUCCCGCAAGGUGGUGCAAUCAGUCGCCCAUCGGGUGGAAAUUGAUUGGUCCCGCCAUGUCUGGAGUUGCUCUCCUCAAGUAGCCGCCUCCUUCAACAAGCUCAAAUCGUGGGUGGCGCUGUCGGAUUCCAUGGCGGAAAAGUACGCCACCUUGCCGACGCCAAUUGAUUUCGGCAAGGCCAAGAGUGCCGUUCGCGAUAAAAGUCUGGUGGACUCGCUCGAAGCCUUCUACAAGUCCAAUCAAGCGCCGGCGGAAACGCACGAGUGGGCGCCGGAAGAACAGGAGUUGACGGCCAAGAAAAUCGCCUACCUACAGGAACUCGACGCCAUGCACCAAGAACUCUUGCCCGUACUGGAAGCCGAGUUGGCUUUUCAAAAGAACAACCGAACAACCAGCGAUACUACCGUCUUUGAUAUGAAGGUGAAUUACCCCGUUAUUCACGAAGAAAUCGAGGACGAAAUUGAACGUCGUGAAUGGUUCAAGGAUACCGGAAUCGGUCCCAACAAUUGUCCGAUCACGAUUGGGCCUGUGAGUUGUCCGCAACGGCGCUCUCGCCGUUUGGAAACGCUGGUGAUGGAAAAUGGUUGGGAGCAGACACAAACGCAAUUCCAAAACCCCCAAUGUUGGGUGGUGCAGAGUUUGCGGAAACUAAAAGGGCUCAUUUUAUGCCAGAGUGGAACCAAUCGUAGCGUUCAAAACCACCAUAAUUUCACCAUGGAUCCUUUACUUCUCGCUCGGAAAUUACGCCGACGCCGCGGACGCUCCAUUCUUGCCUCGCAGCUUUCCAAUGCAGCCGUUACCUUGUGUACGGGAGCCGUGGUGGCAAUGAUUUUAGCUGCCUUGCACGUGUCCCGACUAAAUACUGAUCGUGGCGUUCCCAAUGCUCCCGAAAGCUUGCCUCGGAGUCGUCGUCCCGGUGCACCCAUGGUGUUUGGUCAGCGACAGCUCCGGGAAGCAAGGGUUGAGCAUGCGCGGUCGGGAAACUCAGACGCGUCUACACCGCUGGAUUUUGUCGUGGCGGGCUUUCCCAAAACCGGUACCACGACACUAUUAUACGCCUUUCGGGAUCACGAAGAAAUGGACAUUGCCAAUUCGGAACGCUGUAGUGUCGCGCACGUUCCACUAUCCGAGAGUCGGGCGCAGCAAGACUUGAACGCGGCCGUUGCCGAACUCUCUCCGUUGAGGAGCGUCAAACGCGGUAUCAAAUGCCCCACGAUGCUGAGCAACUCUGUAUCGCUAUCGCGGCUGCAGAGACAUUCACCGUCGGCCAAACUCAUUGUUGGAUUGCGUCACCCGACGGAACUGUUGCAAAGCUUUUAUAACUACCGUGUAACGGAAGUUUACGACAAGCGGUCCCACCAGUCAAUACCCAGCUUUGAUGAGAUCGUUCGGACCGGCAAGGCUUGGAAAGGCGUCUCCUUGGAAGCGGUCCGUUUUGACUUGUUUUUGAUGCAGCUCGGAAAGACCAAUAUGUCAACCAUUGACCUUCAGCAAUACGCCGGUCGCAAAUACAUGGGGGUGAAGCCUAGCGAAAUGCAAGUCUUUCUAUACACCCUUGAUCAAAUUGAGGACAGGGAUCCGACGAACAGUUUGGUAUUUCGGAAAGGCCUUGAGAGCUACCUUGGUCUGGAGACUCCGUUCCAGCCCUUUGGCCGUGAGAACACCAACCACUUUGUCGGAAACAAAGCGUAUCCCGAAACGCUCGAUAUUUGCCAACCCAAGUACAACAAACUGAGAAAAAAGUUAGCGGACCAGGGACGUAAAACCGCUCGUUGGAUUCAUGAGAGGCUUUUGGAGAGUCCUGACGUCUUUGUCGGAAACAAAGAUGGCUUUCUUCAGUCGCUCGAAUCGUGGGGGACUGAUAUUUGUCAUCUCUCAUCCAUAGCGGACGUAAAAGUUUUGCCUCAGAGACGGACUCUCAAGAAACCUAUUUAG